GCGCAACGGUCGUGUGAUCGGCGGGCGGGGGCGCGCAGAUCUCCUCUUGGCGGCGAGGACACAGGCAGGCGGAAGGCGGCAAUAUGCUGAGCACCAUGGCGACCGCGGCUUCAAAAGAGAGCUACAUCAUGACCGCCGCCGCCGCGCUGAUCUCCGGCUGCGCGCUGCUGGCCGCGCGCGGGGUCGCGGGUCCUCGCUCCGUCAUGACCAAGCGCAUCGUGGCCGGCAACUCGGAGCUCAACGAGUUCAUGACGAGUGCCCUGCAGCCCAUGCUGGACCGAUACACGCCGACAUGGUGGACCAACUCCCACAUCCAGUGCGUCCUGACGUUCCUGGUGCCGCAGUCUCCCGUCCAGUAUAAGAGGGACGUGCUCACCUUCAAAGACGGCGGCCAGGCGUCUCUGGACUGGGCGCUCGAGUCCUCCCUUAACCUGGAUCACCCCCUUAAACAGGACGCCCCCAUCGCCAUCAUCAUGCACGGGUUAGUGGGCUGCAGCGACAGCAUGCGCUCUCUCUGCGCCGAAGCGCUGGCGCACGGGUAUCGCCCCGUGGUGUUCAACAAGAGAGGCCACGGAGGGAUGAAGCUCGCCACGCCCAAGUUGCAGGCCUUCGGCUGCGUACAGGAUUUGCAGGAGGCCAUUAACCACGUCGAGAGCGCUUAUCCUGACAGUGAGCUCUACGGCAUUGGGUGCUCGGCCGGGGCCGGUUUACUGUGCAGUUAUCUGUGCGAGCUCGGGGACAAGUCGCGGCUUCGCGCUGGAGUGUUGAUCUCGCCCGGUUACAACGCCUUCGACCUGUUCUGCCGCGGCCGGAUUAAUCCUGUAUACGACUUCCUCAUGACGUUCACGCUCAAGUCCUUCCUGCUGCGCCACAAGGCCGAGCUGGCGGACGUCGUGGACGUGCCCAGCGCCCUACGCGCCACUAGAAUCCGCGAGUUCGACCGCCACGUGUACAUGAAGAUGCACGGCUACGAGGACCUCGAGUCGUACUGGCAGGUUAACAACCCCAUGCGCGACGUGGAUAACCUGUCCAUGCCGCUGCUGUGCAUCAACGCGCUGGACGACCCGGUGUGCACCAAGGAGACCAUCCCGUACCACGAGUUCCGCAGGAAACCCAACGCCAUGCUGCUAACCACGGGCGAGGGCAGCCACUGCGCCUUCUUCGAGGGCACCUUCCACCUCAAAUCCUGGUGCAACGAGGCCGCGAUGACGUAUCUCGACCGUCUGCGCGAGUUCAGCGCUGCCAGCGACAGUGACAGCUUAAGCGUCCCGGAGAUCCCGACGACUGCUACGACUGCGUAG